CAGCAAGGGAAACCGUGCUCCUGCCGGCUCCCACGAGAACCUGUGCCUUGCUCUCCGGAACAGCCGUAAAAUUGCAGGGAAAACAAAGCUGGGAGUGUUCACUCUCCCUCCACAAGUAUGGCAACAUCGGCACAGUACAGACAGCUCAUAAACGACUACGGCCCCCCAUCUCUAGGCUAUACACAAGGGAUGCAGGGCACCAGCAGCAGUCAAGUACCACAGAGCAAAUAUGCAGAACUUCUAGCUAUCAUAGAAGAAUUAGGAAAAGAGAUUAGACCUACAUAUGCUGGGAGUAAAAGUGCGAUGGAGAGGCUAAAAAGAGGCAUUAUCCAUGCUAGAGGAUUAGUUCGGGAAUGCCUGGCCGAGACGGAACGAAAUGCAAGAUCUUAGCCCACUGCUUCAGCUGCAAGGUUUUCCAUCUCUCCAUGAAGAAAAUGUAACACUUAUUCUUUUUGACUCUUGAAACAUUCAAACUCCUUUAUUUUGAAUGUUUUACCGUUCUUGUUUUGCCCUUGCAAAAAUGUACAGUUAAGAAUGAAAAAAAAGAACAAACAAGGAUUUUUCAACUUACUGAGGGUUUGCAUUUUCUAAAGAUGUUAAAACUCCCUAAAAUGUUUCUAAAACAUGGAAACUGAUGUGCAUGCAGAGGAAUGCUCUUUCUCUUCCAGGCUAUAUUUCAGUUCUUUUCUUAUCCAGCCACAGCCUCAUUCUGUUUUUUUUUCCUUUGACUAUGUUCACCUAUCCCCAAAAUGUCAAUCUUUCAAAGUUUGACAUAAGCUCUAAGGAUUUUUUUUAAUAAAUGCAGAAUAGCAUGCUGUACCUAGUAGUCUGCUAAGUCACAAUUUGUCAUACAGCAUAGACCCUGCUUAGAAAUAACCUCCCCCUUCUCUUAUUUUUCCUUUUUUUUGUUCAUUUUGCAUAAACAUUUGCAUGACUGUUAGUGCUUUGAAGUCCACUUAAAGUGCAUGAGCUAUAUGGAAAAUAGGGAAACCUAUUAAAUAAUAACAAGGUCCCAGAAAGCUAAUUUCUACAUUAAGGCUGGAGAUUUCAGUUUAAAGUUUGCAAAAAAGAAAAAAAGAAAAAAAAAAGAAAAAGGAACAUUCUGGAUAAAUUACUAAAACUGUUAUUUGCAUCUUUGUAUGUAUUUAUUACUUGACGUAAUAAAGCUUAUUUUCAUUAACA